AUGGCUUUUCCAACAUUAUUUCCUGAUGGAAAAGGUGAUCCUACUAAUCAAGCGCUAUUAAGAGAUGUUCCUCUUCAGGAACGAAUAAAGCAUCUUUUGAAAUUUGCUGAAAUUAUUGAUGGUAAAUGGGUCUACCGUUUUGCCAACCACCCCAGAUUUUCUUAUUGGGCUUUUAAUAUGAUUAAACGAAAACAAAUCUUACAGCAAAGUGGGAUAUUCCUAAAACAAAAUCCGGGUGAAGCACAUCUCACCAUUGAUGAACUGCGAGAAAUGGCCGCCAGUAACAAUGCUAACAUCUUUAUGUCUAAGAUUUCUAGAUAUAUUGGCAAUAUUGCUGGCACUAAUGCUUACUGGAAUAGAGUAAGAGAGGAACUUAAGGCUAUUAUAACUAGUGUUGGAGCACCAACGUUAUUCUUUACCUUCUCCUCUGCAGAUAUGCAUUGGCCUGAACUACAUGCUCUAUUUAAAGCUGGUGAUGAUUGUGAAACUGGUACUUCUACCAGUGAGGUCAGACGACAAAAUGUAAUUAACAAUCCCCAUCUGGUGGAUUGGUUUUUCACUCAAAGAUUAGAAAGCUUUGUUAAACACUGGCUUUAUGAUACACUUGGUGCAAAAUGGCACUGGUUUAGGUAUGAAUACCAAGGUAGAGGUAGUAUCCAUUGUCAUGGUACUGCUAAAUUAAACAAUGAUCCUGGUUUAUGUCAACUUACUCAGACUGCUUUGAAAGGUUUCUUAGCUCAAAAAUUUAAAGAUGAAAAUGAGUUUUCUGGUACAACAGAAAUAGACCAGGAUAUUGAAGCUGGCCAAAAGGCGGCUGAAACAGUAUGUCAGUAUGCUGAUUGGUUGUUAUCAACUGUUAAUCCAAAUCCACCAGAUGAGGAUAUGUGGAUAAGACCUGAAACUCAUCCAUGUCAAAGGAGACAUAGUGACAUUCCAGAACAUGACAAACAGUCAGAUUAUGAUGAUCUGUUAAACAUGGUUCAACGACAUACUCGUUGUAGCACUAGCUAUUGUCUAAGAAAAAAGUCAAAUGAAACAGAGUUGAAAUGUAGAUUUCAUUUCCCAUUUGAUCAUUGUCCUCAGACAAAACUAGAAUUUGAAAAAAUUAACACAUCAGGUGAUAACGAACAUUAUAGAGCAAAAAUUUUGACUAAACGAAAUGAUUCUAGGUUAAAUAACCACCAACAUCUUCAACUCCAAGGAUGGAGAGCGAAUUGUGAUAUUCAAGUUGUUAUUGAUCACUAUGCUUGUGUUGAAUAUCUCACAAAAUAUGCAGCUAAAGGUGAACCAAGGUCACCUUUGUUAAAACAGGCAUUUAACUCCAUUUUGAAAAAUGUUGACAGUAAUACUGACCCUCGCAAAACUAUUAAGAAGGUUGUUAUGAAAUCUCUUGGUGAAAGAGACUAUGCAGCUCAGGAAACAAUGCACCAUUUGCUAUCUUUGAAACUACAUAGUUCAACAUUUAAAGUGAUGUCAGUAAAUCUAAAUGGUUCGCGUAGAGUGCGUAAUACAGCAAAUAUUGAAGAGGCUGAAUCAUGUACUGAUUAUUCGCUUCUUGAUGUUUAUGCUAAUCGUAAGCAAUAUGAGAGUUCACAUGAAAUAAUGAAUAUGAACUUUGUUCAAUUUGCUACAACAUUCAAAGUUGUUAACAAUGAACUUACAAAAUUGCCAGAUAAUGUUAUACCAAGAAUAUUUCCAACAUAUUCUCCUAAUCCCAAAGGUCCAAAUUUUGGACUUUACUGUAAAUACCAACUUUUAAGGUAUAAACCCUGGCAAACAACCCAAAACAAUGCAUGGGGUAACCAACAACCAACAGAUGAUAUUUUAAUUAACUCUUGGGAAGAAUUCUUGCAAACACCUUAUGGACAAUCUAAUGUCCCAGACUGGUUUGACAAAUUACAAUCUGUCAUUCAAAGUCAAGAACCAGAAGAUGAACCUUCUGAAGAACAGGAGAGAACUCGGGAAGAGUGGAUGAUAUUGUCAGAUCUUAAUACUCCAUUUGACAACUCAGAGCAAACACCAGAGUCAACUCACGACUGGCAUCUUGACAAAGCCAAUUAUCUAGAACAACAAAUCCACGAAAUGCCAACAUGGAUAAAAACAAGCAAAGAAGGAUACACUAGUGAUGAGCAAUAUGACAUUGUUGACAUCAACAGUUUUAGUGAAAUGCAAAAACUUGCAUAUGACAUUGUUAAAUCUCAUUUUGAUGAUACAUCGUCUUGGAAAGAACCAUUAUGUCUUAUCAUAAAUGGUGUUGCAGGUACUGGUAAAAGUUACCUUAUUAAUGCUAUUAGAAACCAUUUACAAAGUAAAUGUGCAGUUACUGCUACUACAGGUAAAGCAGCAUAUAAUAUUAGAGGUGUAACUGUGCACUCUCUAUUAAAGUUACCUAUAGGAUCAAGAGGUAGCAAAGACCUGACAGGACAAAGUUUGUGUAGAUUACAAGAGAGUCUUAAUAACAUUGACUACAUCAUUAUUGAUGAAUACUCUAUGCUUGGCCAAGUUACUUUUGGUUGGAUAGACAAACGUUGCAAACAAGCAACUGGUUAUAAUGACAGAGUGUUUGGAGGUAAAUCUUUAAUUUUAACUGGUGAUCCAGGUCAAUUACCACCAGUAGCGGACAAACCUCUCUACCAUGCUAAACCAUCAAAUGCUGUUGGUGAACAAGGUUAUCAAGCAUAUUGUAUGUUUGACAAAGUUGUUAAACUCACAAUAAAUCAACGUGUGCAAGGUAUGACACCUGAGCAAGUACAUUUCAGAGAUUUACUGUUACGACUACGCAAAGGUGAAUCAACAAUUGAUGACUGGAAAUUACUUCUGACACGUCAACCAUCCAAUGUCACUAAUUUAUCUGAUUUUGAAGAUUCUACUAGACUCUUUUAUAGUAAUGAACAAGUUGCUAAUUACAACCAUGACCAGCUAACUAAACUUCAGCAUCCAAUCGCUCAUAUUAAUGCCUGCCAUUCAUCUGCAUUGGCCAAAAAGAUAUCCUCAGAUGAUAUGUCUGGAUUAGAACCUGUUGUGUUUCUGGCAAAAGGUGCUAGGGUCAUGUUAACCAUGAAUUUGUGGUCAAGUGUUGGCCUCUGUAAUGGGGCUACUGGAACAGUUGUUGAUAUUAUCUAUCAGAACAACCACCAACCACCAGACUUACCUAUUGCAGUAAUAGUAGAAUUUGAGAACUAUAGAGGUCCUGUUUUUAAUGAAAACCAACCACUGUGUAUUCCAAUAUGUCCAAUCACUGUCACAUCACAGGCAGAAAUAGGUUUCCAUGAGAGGCAACAGUUACCUCUUAGGCUUGCUUGGGCUCUAACAAUACACAAGAGCCAGGGACUCACACUUCCAAAAGCAUGGAUUGAUAUUGGCAAAUCUGAAAGAACUGCUGGAGUAUCAUAUGUUGCAAUUAGCAGGGUAAAAUCACUGACAUCUUGUGUCAUAGAACCUAUGACAUAUGAACGAUUAACAAGCUUGAAAUCGUCAGCUAAUUUGCAAUAUAGGCUUGAAGAAGAAAACAGGCUGGAUAAGUUAGCACAGACUAUAAACAGCAGUGCAUUACAAUAA